AUGCGUCUGCAGGUGCAGGCAAGCCUCACGCCACCCCAAAAAAACAGGAAAAAAUGUCUUAUCGACGGCUCAGGCGGCAGAAAGUGCAGGGAAGACGACGGAAACGCAGAAGGCGAGAGGAUAUCGACGAAACAAACAGGGGGCGAGCGGCUGGCGCCGUCCGCCAAGUACACAUCGCGAGUAGCCGGGGGACCGCCGAAGUUGUCGUAG